GUUUUCAUGCAAUUCAUGGCACGACACAUGUUUUGAUUGUGGGCGGUUGCAUGCACAACAGUCAGCGUGAAUCACAGUCAUAUCAUUUUCAAAUGUGUACAUGUUUGCAUGCGAAGGCCAACGGCUGUCAACCAUUCGGGCAGAGAACCGGAAACAACAGAAAAUUCUGAAACAAAUGAAACAAGUAAACCAGAAAAUUCCAAUAUAUCUUAAUGUUUGAAAAAUGUAUAUUUAGAUUUAUUCGGUUUGAUCCCAACUCCGCUUGCCUGUAUUAUUACACUACAUUCAUAGAGCAUUCCAGAAUACGUACACCAUUUCGAAAUAGUGUUACGGUUAAAUUGCAAAAGACGACGAGGACGACGUUGACAGCGGAUGCGAACUUCAUCCGAAGAAAACAAAUAUAUAUACACAGUACACACACUAUUGACAAGUGACAAACAACCACCGAGGAAAUGAGAGCAGUAAAACGCGCACAUUGAUGCGACGAUGUGUAAUGCAAGUGAAAUAAAAUCAUGCAAAAGCCAACAUUAUAAUAAUAAAAGGGACAAAUAAAAGACAGAGACAGAGACAGAGACACAGAACGUCUACAUGCCAAGCAGAAAGGACACACACCCACACACACACACAUAUAUAUAUAUACACGGAACAAAAUUGCCAGAGAACGAGCAAUGAAUGCGGAUUAAACGUAACACAAAGAAGUACAUAGCAUAAAUAUCAAUAGAUUUACGAGUUUCAUUUCGAAUAGAACGAGCAUAAGAUUGUCACAUCUGCACUUUGCGCCAUAGUGCACGCGGCGGAUCGGCAAACGAAAGGAAGAAAAAAAAAAUCGGGAAAAAUCCCAACGAGCCGACGUCAACAUCGAAAAAAUUAUACAAUCGCAUAACGGCACACACUGCUGAACACAACAUCUUAUUGAUUAAGCUGUUCCAUCUACAUUGUGUCGCAUACGAAAAUGAAAUGGAAACAACGUCACAUCCAGAUGAAUAUCGUCCAACGGACGUGCUAAAUUUUUACUAAAUGUUCCUUGAUCCGGAUCGUGUGCACGGUUUGCGGAAACGAAUAGCAAGAAAUGCUGCAAAUUAAAAUCGUCCCACUGAAUUUCGGUGCGAAACAAAGACAAAAACGCAAAAUAUAUACACAAAUCGAAUAAACUUCCACAGUGAUUCCACAAUCAAGUCAGUGCAAAACAACGCAUUUAUACGCGUAGGCGUAAAUUAUUGAACGAGCGUGCAAUACGUAAGGAAAAGAGUGAGAAAGUGAGAGCGAGCGAGAGAUAGAAUGAGAGAGAUGAACAUGGUCGGUAUUCGGUUGAUAAUUUAUGUCCUGACUAUCAAUGGUCUCGGAUUAAAUGGUGAAAAUGUCAAAACGUCUGUACCAGACGCAACAAUCCUGCCCCAGGCACCAUCUUUCAAAUCUGUGAUAAACAAUUCUACAUUGACCAGCGCUGCCGCGUCAAACAACCGAACCAAAUUUAUUGUGGCCAAUUUUGAAGAAACGCUUAGCAUUCCAAUUUCGACAGCAUCAGUGCAAACAGCGCACAAUGAAACAACAACAAUAUCGUCGACGACGACGACGACUGCGAUGAUGAAGAAGACAACAAGUAAUUACAACAAUGAAUUGAAUGCGCGAUCAAUUCAAACGACGAACAAUAACAAAAUGGGCGCGAAUCAUAGAAAAUCGGAUAAUGGUGAAGUGAGUCCAAAAACACCGCCAAUACAAGCAAUUCCGAAACGUGAUAGGCAAACGUUAUGGAAUUCAGCACUUGACGAUGGUGUUACCGUUACAACGUCAACCAAAACUCCAGCGCUUGAAUCUGGAAACGACAAAGUGGAACGCAUCAAGCAACUAAAAACAUUGGCACCGAUUAAUGAACAGAAAAUCUUAUUAACUCGUAAAUCGCAUAACGAACAACUUAAUAAUGAGAUCAGUGGGAGUUGGAUGCGUACAAACAAUGACGAUGUUAAUGGCGAUGGCAGUGGAGAUGUAGCUCGAAGUGUUUCAAAUUCAAUCACCGUGCCAUCGCUAUUUAUAACUGCUGCCACCACCACUACAUCACAAUCAAAUAAAGAAGUUUUAAUCGGGAAUUCAGUAAAAAUGUCAGAAAUACCGAGCGAAACCAUCGAACCGUUUACAAGUGAUGCGAACGAAAAAAGCCCAUUAUUAUUAUCUACACCAGUAUCGAUGGCCGAUAAACGCAACGACAAAGUGUUGAUCGCUCAAAGUAAAACAGCCAGCGACCCUUUGUUCGCUGCAAACAAAGCAAAUAAUUUAAUUAAUUUCUCAAAUACUGCUGUUUACGGUACAAACACCACAAUAAUAAACAAAGUUCCGACAAUGCAAUAUGAAAAUUUGGCCGAAACUUUUAAAUUAAACGCCGGUGGCACAAUUAAUGCGGUCGAUAGCUUGAAUCCAUACAAUGGAAAUCAUGGUGUAAACAUGGCUGAAAUUACCCGUCCGGACAAAAAUACGGGUUUUGCGAGCAGAAACAAUUUGAUGGAGGCCAAUUCAAAUACGCAACAAAUUCCAAUUAAUUUCAAUCACAGUGAUGAAAUGCAUCCAGCAACGGUAUCCACCGUUCAUCAUGUGGCAUCUUCAUCAUCUACCAUUGAAGUUCAGCGAUCACUGAAUGAAGUUAACAAAAAAAUCCGCACUACCAGUAGUUCCAUUGGGCACAAACGGUUUAAAUCAACGGCAAGCCGUUUAAAUAAUGCUGAUAAUGAGAGCCAAACUGAAAAUGGUGUACCAGUUGCGAGUGUGGCCGAUCGAAAAAUGAAUGACAGUGCUUUCAAUACUAAUAAACAAACAUUUGUUUUUGGUUCGACAACUCAAAUGAUGACUGUCAAUGUGGUGACAACGACGACGGCAACGACGACAGCGGCGCCUGAUGUGCGAAAUAAUGCACCAAUUCAUUCAAACUUAUUGCACGCAGACACAACAUCGAUACAAGAAAAUAUCGGCACCCGCGCCGUCAGCACCACCGCCGCUGUAGCAUCACACGAAAAACCGUUAAUUCGAAAUGAAGUUGAGCUGAACAUGCAUAAUGGUUCGUCAAGCAAUCAAGCGAAAACCUCUUUUGCUGAACUUUGGUUCAUAAAUUCCGAUGUUACAACAAGUCGUCCGUACGAAAACACUAACAGAUUCACCGAACCGGUUAAAGUUACAAGCAAAAACAACUAUAGUAGUAGCAGCAGCAGCAGCAGCCGCAGCAACAUUAACAUUCACACCACUGCCGAUGGCAGUAACAAAAAUUUAUCGCAACCAUCAGAAAUCAUCAACUUGAGCACAUCAUCAAAAUUAACGAUGUCAUCGUUAUUAGUCGAUGGAGAGAAUAAUAGCAAUGGCAGUUCGAUAAAUACGUUCGUUACGCAUUCCAAUGCAACGGAAAGCCCACUGAGCACCGUUCAACGGUCAUUCAUCCGAUUGAAAGACACAAAAAGCAAUAAUUCAUCAACAAUUUUACCGUUCGAAUACCAUUCAGAAAAUAUUGACAACGACGAUGACGACGCCGACGACCACGACCACGACGAUUAUAAUGAUUCUAACAGCAGUAGCAGCAGCAUCGUGCCAUCGACACAACAGCCAGCCGCUGUUGAUGAUUUGAAAGCUCUCAUGAAUGGUACAAGCGAUAAGAUGAUUUCGCACACAAGAAGCUUUGCAUUGCUUGAUCAUCAAUUGCUGCUAUCGCACGGUGAUGCGUUCAGUGAGGCGAAUUAUGUGAAUAAUUUCUUAACCGCAGCAAUUACUGCCGAACACGAGGUCGGCAAUCAAUUUGCAAUCGAUUAUUCAAAUGGAAGUAGCAGUGUUAACGACAGUGAAACAAUCACUACAUGGCCGGUUAAGCAUGCGGCUAUUGUCGAAGGUGACGUCGUUCUAGGCGGUUUAAUGAUGGUGCAUUCCAGAGAAGAUACCAUCACAUGUGGCCCAAUUAUGCCACAGGGCGGUAUUCAAGCACUUGAAGUAAUGCUGUACACAUUGGAUCGCAUCAAUGAAAUUGGACUGCUGCCAAAUUUCAGCCUCGGUGCACACAUUCUCGAUGAUUGUGAUAAAGACACCUACGGCUUGGAGAUGGCAGUGGAUUUUAUCAAAGGUUCAAUCAGCAACAUUGACGGAGGCGAAUACCACUGCAAUAAAACACAAGUGCGAAAAGUGAUAUCGGGUGUUGUUGGGGCUCCAUCGUCUGUGACAUCAAUCCAAGUAGCUAAUCUCUUGCGAUUGUUUCGCAUUCCACAGGUUUCGUUUUUCUCCACGAGUCCCGAACUGAGCAACAAACAGCGUUUCGAAUACUUUUCGCGAACCAUCCCGUCGGAUCAUUACCAGGUGAAAGCAAUGGUUGACAUUGUGCGUCGUAUGGGCUGGAGCUACAUUUCCAUUAUAUACGAAGAAAGCAAUUAUGGCAUCAAGGCAUUUGAGGAGCUCGAAGAUCUAUUGGCUAAACAUAAUAUUUGUAUUGCGGUUAGGGAGAAGCUUGUAAAGGACUCGGGUGUGGCCGAAGAAAUCGCUUAUGACAACAUCGUACAAAAGCUGCUAACAAAACCUCGAGCUAGAGGUGUGAUUAUCUUUGGGUCCGACCAAGAAGUACGUGAAGUGAUGCGUGCCGUUCGUCGAAACAAUGCAACUGGAACAUUUUCAUGGAUUGGCUCGGACGGUUGGUCAGCACGAAAUCUGGUAUCCGACGGAAAUGAACCUGAGGUCGAAGGAACGUUGUCUGUGCAACCUCAAGCAAAUCCAGUGGUAGGCUUUGAACAGCAUUUUCUCGGACUCACCGUUGAAAAUAACGCACGGAAUCCAUGGUUUGUCGAAUUUUGGGAAGAUCAUUUUGAAUGCAGAUACCCGAAUAGUUCGCUGACGCCGUAUAAUAAAAAAUACAAAAAAAUGUGCACCACCAAGGAAAAGUUACAAAAAAAUACGACCGCAUUCGAGGGUCAAUUGCAGUUUGUUAGCGACGCUGUGAUGGCAUUUGCAUAUGCACUCAGUGAUAUGCACAAGGAUCUGUGCCGAGGUGUGUCCGGUCUUUGUGAUGCAAUGCGUCCAACGAAAGGAGCCGACCUAUUGAAGUAUUUACGAAAAGUUAAUUUCACAGGUUUGAGUGGUGAUCGCUUCCACUUCAAUAGUAACGGUGAUGGACCAGCACGAUAUAAUAUAAUUCACUUCAAACAAGUGCAGCCGGGCAAAUAUGGAUGGAUCAAAGUCGGUGAAUAUUAUGAGGGUGAAUUGCGUUUGAAUAUGGACGAAGUGAAAUUUAAGUCCCAACAACCAAAACCACCAGAGUCAGUGUGCAGUUUGCCGUGCGAGAAAGGUCAAGCGAAAAAAUAUGUUGAAGGCGAAAGCUGCUGUUGGCACUGCUUCAACUGUUCCAUGUAUCAGAUUCGUCAUCCGUACGAUGAAACGCAGUGCAUAGCAUGUCAAAAAGGAACGAUACCCGAUCGAUACAAGGAGCACUGCCAAGAUUUGCCGGAACAGUAUUUGCGGCUGGAAUCCGGCUGGGCUAUUGGUGCAAUGACCUUCAGCUCAACUGGAAUGUUAAUUACAUUCUUUGUAGUUGGCGUAUUCUUACGGCACAAUGAUACACCAGUGGUUCGAGCAUCUGGCCGAGAAUUGAGUUAUAUUUUAUUGGCAGGAAUAAUUAUGUGUUAUUCGGUGACGUUUGCAUUAGUGCUUCGGCCCACCGACAUAACGUGCGGUCUACAGCGAUUUUGCGCUGGUUUUUGUUUUACCGUUGUUUAUGGCGCAUUGCUCACCAAAACAAAUCGCAUAUCACGAAUUUUCAAGCAUGGAAAACAAUCGGCCAAACGACCAUCUUUCAUCAGCCCACGAUCACAGCUUGUCAUCUGCGCGUCACUCACUUCAGUUCAGGUGCUUAUCAAUUUGAUCUGGCAGAUAAUUUCACCGGCACGUGCAAUGCAUCAUUAUCCGACGCGAGAGGAUAAUCUACUUGUGUGUGACUCUUAUGUGGAUGCAUCGUACAUGAUUGCAUUUUCCUAUCCCAUAUUUUUAAUCGUAAUUUGCACAGUUUAUGCAGUUUUAACGCGAAAAAUACCCGAAGCAUUUAAUGAAUCGAAGCACAUAGGUUUCACUAUGUACACGACGUGUGUAAUUUGGCUGGCAUUCGUUCCGCUAUACUUUGGCACCGCAAAUCAUGUACCACUUCGGCUAACAUCAAUGUCAGUGACAAUUAGUUUAUCGGCCAGUGUUACGGUGGCGUGUCUAUUUUCGCCCAAGCUUUACAUAAUUUUAAUUCGGCCGGAGCGAAAUGUCAGGCAGAGCAUGAUGCCCGUUCGAUACAGUGCCAUGAAUAAAACAACUGGUACGGGUCCGUCAUCGUCAAUGAUGGCUGCAAUUAUGGUGACAGCUGCUACAUGCAAUCAAAAGGAAAAAAUCGAAAAACAAACAACGACGAUCUAUCCACCCGAAGACGUCAACAAACUAAAAGUUCUAAGCACUGGUGGUGGUGGUGGUGGUGGUGGUGAUGGAACUGAAGGGAAUGGUUGUGCUAGAUUUGUGGAGAUAGCGACGCAAACGGUGAAUUUAACCAAUUUUUUAACGAAUUUAAAUAGUAAUGUAACGAAUUGCAACAAUACAUCCGAGCCGAACAGUGAACAAAUGGUGUCGCCAACGAUUAUGUCACCGACAAUAACAGCGAUGGCAACGCUGGCGAUGCCAUUGAAUGAUGACUACCAGCAGCAGCAUCAUCAAUUCGAUGACGUAUCACCCGCUCACCAAUCACAAUCACAUAAUCCCAAAAGUAAUAAUGGCCAUUGCAUUGUUGAUGGCACACCCAAUCCAGAUGUAAACGAUGGUGUGACGCAGGUGACACCAUUGCAUCAUUCCUUCGAAAUGACCGAUAUUGAUGCCGGUUCAGUGAUAGACACGUAUCAAGGCGAUAGCACAAAUUCCGAUUUAGUUUUGAACCAUGAUUCAAGCGCAAUGGUGACGGAAGUGGUGGUGGUGCCUGAAUCAACGACAAUGAUAACGAGCAAAACAUCGACCGAAAUUGAAACAAUCACUGCCGAUGAUGCUACAGACUUAGGAAGAAAACAUGCUUCAACAGAUGGCGGUGGCAUUAAUGGGCCGGCAAAUGAUUUACGCGUAUAGCACAAGAAUAGUUUAAAAACAUCAAAGUCCAAAAAGCGUGCACCAGUCGUUGUCUAAAUGCGCCGCACCAACACUUCAGAGAGAACACGAACAAAUAUAGAGCUCGUAAGUAAACAAAAAGAAAACAAUUUGGCAGUGAGAGAUAGAAAAUAAGCAUUCAAAUAGAUAUUGAGAUAGAAAAUAAAUAAAUAUCGAGCAAGGGUAUUGGGCAAUUUUUCUGCUGUUGAAACGGAUUUUUUCAUUCUCCAAUUUUGAUCUACUACUUUUAGAGCAGCACUAGGGGCUAAGAACAAGUUGUGAAAUUCACAUAGAUUCGCAUAUAUUCAUGCGUUCGUGGCUUUAUUAUUGUUGUUGUACACUCACUGCGCUGCGAAUGUCUCGUAUACACAAUCACUCGAAUUCACAAAUAUUCGUACGGAUUCGUCUCAAGCGCUUGUAUUCUUACCCCCUAGGAGCAGCAGUGCUCAGUAGCUGCACAGAAUAAACGAAAAAGAAAGGAAAUGCAAUAACAUUCACAGGUGCAUCCGGACGGAAAAUGUGCGUGUGCAAUGUUUAUUUUUCCAUUCAAUAGAGAAACAACACCAGAAGUGGAUGCAAAAAACGUCCGUCACUGUGAAAAAAAAAGUCCGACAAAAAAAAAAUCACAUAUAAUUCGCACAUUUGACCUUCAGCACAAUGUCAUUUCGUGUGCAUAAAAUACAUGUCAUAUAUUUACGCUGUUUAAUCUACCAUAAAUAAUUUGCAACACUCAAUUUGCACGCUCGUACACCGGCAAAUAAACUGAAAAUUAUGCUUUGACUUCUGCAUUCGACACACAGUUUCAUUCAUAGAAAAAAAGGCAACUGAAAUGGAAAACAUUCCAUUCCAUUUCCGAACUAAUGAUUCAAACAAGUUUCAUUUAAAUAGAACUAAUUGAAAAAGCAAAUUCAUGUGAUCUAAAAUUUCAUCAAAAAAAAAAAAACAUCGUCUCAACUUUUUUAUGUUGAACGAUAGUUAAACAUGUUACGAAUGUAUGGCUGAUAUGUACGAUGCAUGAUACGGUUUCUGUUACAAUGAUAAACUUGCGCCAUUUAUUAUUACUUGCGGUGUGAUCUAGAGUGUGAUUGUCUUCAAAAUGCUUGAAUGUGUCAACAAUUUUGACUACUUCAGAAAUAUUCAAUUGAUUUUUAUGAACAAAAUAAAACAAAAAGAAUAACCAUUCGAUAUGAAACAUGUAAUAAAGCUUCUUAUAAACUCACUUUUCAUAUCUUGAUAUUGAUUAUUCUCUUCACAUCGUGAUAUUUGAUCGAAUUUCAGUCCAUGCUUCAUCACUUUUCAGUAAUUUUCAUUGGUUUUAUCGCGCCACACUCCUUUCCACCCGUCUCUAUCAACAUAAUCACCGUGAACAUUAACCACUGAUAUGUCAACACAUUGUCUCUAAUUCAAUACGAUACAAAGUCCAGCGAACAAAGAUCAAAUCAAUAUGGUUAAAUAAUUAAUGUGUAAAUGUAGGCUUUUAUGACGCUGAUGACACAGAAGAAAAAAAAUUCACACAAUUUCCUUGCUCAAAUUUGAACUCUAGUAUGUAAUGCUAGGCCCAUUACCAACCGGAAAACCAUAAAAGAAAAAAAAAUCAACUAAACUAUUAUAGCAAAUAGAAAUCUGCUCUGAUGAAAAUGAUUAACUUAAUAAACGUUCUGAAAUGACCGUUUAUUUUUUCGUUCUUCGUUUAACUUAUGUCGAAUUUUACGAAUGUGUUACUGAUGAACUCUCUCGCAUAAUGUUACAAAUACCAUUUUGGCGAUUGAAUUACACACGAUUAGCACUGAAUAUUUAUUGAUAAAAUGUCAGACUUAAAAUAACUAUAAUUAUCUAAAUAUGGAUGUAUAUAUUACUAUGUUGUUGCAUGAUUAUGAGAUUUAACAAACUAAAAGAAACACACAUGAAACAUUCUAAUCAAAUUGUAGCAAAAGAAUAAAUCAUAUUUACAUUUUUCAUCAAAACAAAUGUGAAUACGAAAUUGGAGACAAACAUAAAGGGAAAUUAUUUUAUUUAACGCUGUGACUGUGGAACUGUAACUGUAGUUAGGAGAAACAACCAUUUUAUUUACAUACACACACAGCAACGUUCUGUGUUAUAUUUUUUAUUGUUCCAUGAAAUCGGAGUACAGAUGAGUCCGAGCGUGUAGUGCGUUUGGGUUUUUUUUUUUGUUUGGCGCUGGUAAUUAUGAAUAGAAUAAUUUAAAAGUGUUGAAUUCAUUUUUUGCACCAUCGGCAAUAAUAUCAUUUUCAGUGACUCCAUUGAGUGCUUUUGUUAUAAAAACAAACAAAAAAUGUUCGCGAGUUGUGCCGAAAAAUGAAGAGGAAAAAGAUGCGAACAAAAUGCCGGUGAAUCAAUUGAAGGAAAAAUGUUAAUCGAAACAUUGAGAAUUUGUAUUCAAUGAUAACAAUUGGAAUAAGAAAUGAAAAUGGAAUAUUUACAUUUUAAGCAUAGCAUUUAAACAAUCGCCAAUAAUUGCAAAUGUAAUUUAGUUAUAAUAAUGAGUUCGACUAUCGAUUAAUCCAAUGCCGAUCAAUCAAAAUCUCUUUUUCGCUGUGCGCAGAAUUUAAAAGAAAAAUCCCAAAAAGAAAAUACAAUUUUCAUUUUAUCGGAAUCUGUCGAAAAUAAUUUAAUCAAAUGUUGGCGAAAUAUAUAUACAUAUAUAGAGAGUCAGUGAUAAAUAUUAGAACAAACAACCAAAUAAUGAUCCGGUUUAGAGAAUCUUUUGAAAAUUUUAAUGCAAAGCAGUCAAUGUGUGAUGUGCUGGUGAUGAAAAAAAAAAAAAUAAAAUAAAAGCAUGAGCCAGCGUUGUUUGCACCACUGUUUGUCACUAACAAUAACUAUUUCAUGCCAUUCUCGGUUUCGCUACAUCGAAAAAAAACCAAUCAACAUUUGUCAUUCCGUGUGCAAAAACCCGGAUAGGUGGGAUGUGUAUAGCUAACACAGUGAAUAACGUGCGUGCAAUCAACAACAAACAACAAAAUUAUUUAUUAUGUUCAACUAAAUAUAGUAAUGCAUUUAGUCGAAUAAGCUUUGUGUUUCAUAGAAUAAAAUUUAAGCAUUUAGAAAUGCCAACACACUUAACGGUAACAGCUACAGCAUACAAAGAAUCUACUUCAUAAAUCCUUUCACACAUGGAAGAGAUUCGUUUCAACUCUUCCAACUUGUUCAUAUUCAAUUGAGUCACAUUACACGUUGGAUGAAGCGUGCGGCACACAGACAAUCCAACCAAUCUAGGGGAUGAUAUAGCAUCUAAAUUUCACUCCCUUUUACAACUUUGUGAUUUUCGAAUUCCAAUGAAAUUCAAUGUUUUUUAUUCAAAGAAUGACUGAGAUUUUUGCAAACUAUUGGCGGUGUUGAGUUUGGUCCCUUCUCGCACUAACUGCUGUCAUGUUUAGUUCACGUACUAGCUGUUAUUAGUGCGAGUGAAUACCGAUCAGUCACCACCAAAAUAUCUAUCGUAUUUUGUGAAUCACUCAACUAGUGAAUUUGUCAAAAGAAUCCAUCGAAAUCGUUGCAAAUUUGAAUGAAUCAUAAAUCUUGUGUCUGCCCCUAGCAGUCUGACUGGCUGUGCUGUUGAUCUGAUGAGUUUUGGCCGGUAUAUUUGAAAUAACGUAAUUGGUUUUAAAUCAGCACGUCAUUUAUUACCUCUACCUUCGUAUAUGCGCUAUAAUAUAUUGAGUAAUGUGGUUAAAAGUCGAAACUAAAACUUUUUGCCGUAUCAAAACUGUGAGUGUGUGUUCUGUUGAACCAACUUAAUAUAGUGGCUGCUCAUGAAUGGAAAAAGUGGACGUGCUGUGUUUGAAAAACCCCAAAAUUGCUGGUGUCAAAAACAGUGGCACAGUGUGCGCUCAACCAAGACCACUCAUUUUCACGUAGAGAAACUUUAAUUUACAUGUGACAUCAAUUAAUUAAAACAUUUUGGAUAAAUAGAACUUAAGUGAUCGGAAAUAGAACUUAAGGUUGGCAUAGGCCCCAGUUUCUCUUUGCCCGGUGAAUCGAAUUAGGAAGGAAAAUCAAAUGGCAGAAAAUCCACACAGCUAUUACACACGUCAAACCAUAUUUCAACUGCGAACCAGAAAAAGAAAGAACAAAUCAAAUCGAGCAACAACAAAAGCUAAGAAGAAAAAAUCAGAUAUUUUUACUUGUCCUUCAGCGUUAGCCAAUUAAAUAUAAUAAGUUUAUAGCUCUAACAUAAAAUUUAACUAACAAAAACAAACCAUCCAACAUGAGAACACGGUUUGGCUCUUCAAUAUUUCAAGUGAUAAUCAUCUAAAUAUUGACUCAAUCAUAUUACAGGAAUAACAGAAUAGGAAUCAAAUUAAACAACAACAAAAAAAGACGAAAAAAAUACACACACACUACAAUUUGCAAUGACAUAGCUCAUGUGAACGGAAUGGCAAUUGUCGUCGUUUGAUGGUAAAAGUGUGAUCGAAUAAAAAUGAGCAUGUUCGUCAUUAUCCAAUGGUUUCCGAUGCCAAUUCAAACGACGAAUGUGUCAUCCAAUCCGAACGUAUACAAACUCUCCCAUGCACAAAACGAUUUGUCAAAAAAGCACAAACACAGCAAGAUAUGAUACGUGCUGGUUUCACAGACAGACAGACACACACACACACACACACACACACACACACACACACACACAUACAUUCAAAAAGCCAUUGUCAGUGAUUUUAUUUGAAUACUGCAUUUUUUCAGCAAUAAUAACAAUAUCAAGCGUAUAAAAACCAAAAGCCAUUCAAUUGAUUAAAAAAAGCAAAGAAACGAAAACAACACAAAAAAACAAAAAAGCAUUUUAGGAGACACAAAAUAAAAGAAUGCCACUUUAGCAUGAGAUAUGUCGCUUUAGCGCAAUACGCUCGUAAAUUGAUCUGGAUUACGUAUUCCAAUACGGAUAUACGACCGGCGGGCACAUUUUCGUUCUUUCUUUUUUUCAACAAAAAAAAGGUCAAACCAAUUGACUGAAUGUAGAGCGUUCGUUGUGCGCUAAACACGUCUCUGGUUUAAUUUGAAAAUGACUCGGAUCGGUUUGCGAACUGUAAAGAAGAAAAGAGAAAGAGAACGUGUGUGUGUGUGUGUGUGUGAGCAUGUUCAUCGAUUCUCUUUUUCUCGAUUUUUUUUUCUUGUAACAAAUAAAUUGAAUAUAUUAUCGAAAUUGUCAGUGUUGAAUAUAUGUAUAAAUCAAUGUUGAAAUAUGUUAAAUUAGAAAAUAAAGCAGGAUACAAAAUGCAAAUCCAUGAAACGAAUAUGGAGAGAUCUAUAUGGUUGAGUGGAAAAUGCGCAACCAUCACACACACACACACUCUAUAGAUGUAUGUGCGUAUUGUUUGUGCGCUCGCCAAAUAACUUGGUUUCGAGAUGUGGCAAUAAAGAGAGCGGUGAAUUGCAAUCGGACGGACGAAAAUGAACAGAAAAGGAGCCCAUGUAUUUUAUUUAAGCUGCAAUUAAUUGGGAAAUAUCAUAUAUAAUGAUGAUAAUAAUAAUAGAACGGAUCAGUGCGAACAAACAGUAAAAAUCGCUUGCACUUAGAGUGGACGAGGAAAAAUGUGUUGUGUGCAUUCUCGUUUAUGCACACUCCACACUCCACACUCCACACGGUCAUGUCAUGCAUAAAUGCCGAAUGAAAAAAAGGCGAGAAGAAUGAAAGCAAGAUUAUCAAAGUUGUUUGUAACAAAAUAAAAUGCAUUAAAAACCAUAACUAGUCUCUCUCUCUCUCUCUCCCUCUCUCUUUCUCUCUCUCUCUCCAUUUCUCUAUGGCAUAAAUUCCUAUACCGAUGCCAUGCUCAAACUAUCCGCAUAGCGCAGCAGCCGUCUUCUAUAUUUUUCGGUGUCUUCUCUCCAAAUAACAUGCCAGCAUGCUUUACUUUUGCAAUGUGUUUGUGUAUAUGUUGCACAAUAUGUCUUAAUAACGGAGGAUAAGCGAGAAUUUUAUGAGCGUGCAACCGAAACUGUUAGCGAUUAUAUGUAAUUUUCUAUUUCGUGGAAAUGUUUUUCCAUCGCACGACUACGGCACACUUCUUUUCUCCCUCCGUUCACUUUUUUUCCGCCAGCUUUCUGCUUUCUCUAUUGUUCAGCAUAUGUGUGAAGCGACGGAAAACCAUAUCUCGGUACUAUGCGGAAAAUCUAUUGAAUGCGCAAACAAGAGAGAUGUGUUGGAAAGAGAGAGAGAGAGAGAAAAAAGAGCGAUGAUACUGUAACAUUUGACGAAAAUUAAAGCAAAACACUCCAUUUAAAGUCAACUCAAUAUAUUAGGCCUAGUCUCAAACAGAGAAACAACUUUUAUAACUUUUUCCUCGUCCCGAAAUGCUUUCUCAAUCUCCUCUCUUACUACUCGUUUGUUCGUUUUGAUAGUGCGUCCACAAUCUCAACAAUACCCACUCCCCCACCUCUUUACCUCCUCUCUCACUCACACACACGCACCCACUUAGAAAGCACACACACACACACACGCCAAAGCCCAAUUUUCUUGCCACAUGACACUUUCUACUUUUCCCACCAUUGAUCAAGAAUUGUAUCAAAAUAGAUUGAAGUAAAUUUAUUGCCAAAAUACAACAACAAAAUAAUAGUAAUAACAAAUAAAAACUACAAAUGAAGAAAAAAAAAACUGUAUUUACAUAGCGCUUAAGUGUCUAAUGACAACAAACAAGAGAAGGAAUAAAUGAAGAAAAAAAUGACAAAAACAACAACAACAACAAGAGCAACCAUUCUAGUGUAAAUAUGUAUACAAUUUUAACUGAGAAGUAAAUUUAUUGAAUGUUUUC